CCCAAUAAACAGCGGUUUCCCGCGAAUAAACAUUUCCUCCUCUACCUCAAGCCGAGUCUCCAUACCGAUUCAACCCAAAAAACAGCUACAAUGUUUAUCCUCCGAGUCCACUCAGUGGACACCGAUCAUCCUCUCGCUCUCGAGGAGACCGCCUUCUCUACCGUUUCAGCUGCUACCACCCAAUCAAACGCUAUCCCUAACCCUAAAUACGGUGAAAGAAGAGGCGUAGUCCACCUGUAUCGACACGCAUCGCAGAGCUCAUUGCCAAACCCUAGCUCUCGAUCCACUUCUCUCUUUGUCGUUGCGGUUCCAAAUUAUCUCUCCGCCGACGAUUUCAUCCGGUUCUGCGAAUCGCACAUCGAUAAUGUCCAUGAGCUCCUAUUCAUCAGGAAUGAUGCGAUGGAAGAUCGGUAUAGUGUUUUAAUCAAGCUAAAUGAUCAGUUGACAGCUGAUGGAUUUUAUAGCAAUUUCAAUGGGAAACGGUUUUCUCCUGCAGAGGCCGAGGUAUGCCAUAUUCUAUUUGUGCUUUCCGUGGACUACGCUGAAGUUGCUGAGAUAGCCAGCUCACCUCCCCAGGGAUUCACUGAGUUGCCUACUUGUCCAAUAUGCCUUGAGAGAUUGGACGCAGACACUAGUGGAAUACUCAGUACACUAUGUGACCAUUCAUUUCAAUGUUCAUGCACUUCAAAGUGGACCUAUUUGUCUUGCCAGGUCUGUCGACUUUGUCAGCAGCAGGAUGACAUACCGGCUUGUUCUGUUUGUGGAACGUUCGAGAACUUGUGGGUUUGUCUAAUAUGUGGUUUUGUGGGAUGUGGAAGAUAUAAGGAACAACAUGCUAUAAGGCAUUGGAAAGAUACACAGCAUUGUUAUUCUCUCGAUUUAAGUACACAACAAAUGUGGGAUUACGUUGGUGACAACUAUGUUCAUCGACUAAACCAGUCAAAAGCUGAUGGCAAGUUGGUAGAUAUGAACUCUCGUUGUUCACCAUUUGAGGAAGAUUGUGGCACUUGCGGAUGCAGUGACGAUUCUGGAAUUAGCGGGGCUCUCUUUAGCAGCAAAGUUGAAACAAUUGUAGAUGAGUACAAUCGUCUUCUCGCAACUCAGCUUGAGGCUCAAAGACAAUAUUAUGAAUCUCUAAUUGCAGAGGCCAAAAGUAAACGAGAAGGUUCUGUUUUAGAGGCAGUGGAGAAGGCCGUGAGUUCAACAAUGCAUGAUAUUCAAAUUAAAUUGGAAAAAUGUGAACAGGAAAAGGAUGCUGUUGCAGAUGUCAACCGAGAUCUAAUCAAAAAUCAAGAGAUUUGGCGUAAAAAAGUCAAGGAAGUUGAAGAGAGGGAAACUUCAUUGUUAUGCUCAAUGGAUGAGAAGAUACUUGACCUUGAAGAACAGAUUCGUGAUCUUACAGUCUGCAUCGAAGCCCAGAAAACACUUAAUAACAUGACAGAUACAAACGAUAUUCGAGGAGGGACAUUGUUGCCUGUACCUUCCAAGCAAUUGUCCUCAGCUAACAACAAAAGGCACACAAAACUAGGGCGAAAGCGAAAUUAGUUAAUCAUCUGUCCUUUCUGAGACUUGAACACCUUUUGCAUUGUGUAUAGUUGAAAGCUGAUCUUUUUUUCUUGUUUUUUCUUGUUUUUUCUUGGAAUGUUGGUUAUUGACUAUGUCAAUGUAUAGAGAAGAUGGUGGCAAAGCUAUCCUAUAAACUUUCGAAACUACAUAUUUUGGCUCCAUAAUAUAUAUUUUGUGGUUUACACUUUCGAAACUA